AGUGCAGAAGGCUUAAAACUGCGCGGACGGGACGAAAACACAGAACACACAAGCUCUCGGGCACUCAGCACUGCAAAAAAGUGUUCGAUAUCAGGAGAGGAAAGAGGCGGCCACUACAGAAACAGAGGAUUGUGUGUCUUUUCUUAACGUGUGUUAGGACUCUGUCCUGGGCCCAUCCUCCAUGCUCUACAAUCUAGCAGGAGGAGGCACGCUGAGUGGCGCCACCGCCCUCGUGCUCCUCAUCAUUUCCACAGCCACUGAUUACUGGAUGCAGUAUCGCUACUCUGGGAACUUUGCCAAUCAGGGCCUCUGGAGGUUCUGCAUCAACAACAAGUGCCAUGCUCACACACUCACUGUGGCCUUCUGGGACGCCACACGGGCCUUCAUGCUGCUGUCUGUGCUGAGCUGCUUUGCUGGUGUGGUGCUGGGUCUCAGUGCCUUCUCCAACAGAACCAAAAACACGAGGGUGAGAACUGCAGGAAUCGCUCUACUGCUGUCUGGUUUCUUUGCUCUCUUAGCUUUGGCAAUCUACACUGGCAUGACUGUGAGCUUCUUUGGCAAGCGCUACAUUGAGUGGAGGUUCUCAUGGUCCUACAUUCUUGGCUGGAUAGGAGCCAUCCUGAUCAUAACAGCUGGCAUUCUCCAGAUUUGUGGCUACCAGAGGAGCACCGCUGAACCGGCACCUCAGCCUCCUACAGACAGCUACAUUUCUCACGAACUGUAACUUUAGAUUGAGGUGCAACUGCUGCACGAUUAUUUAAAACAUUAUACCUAUUCUUGCGAUAGCCACAUAUGAUUAGGUGCAAAUAAAGUAAUUUUUUUUGCAGUAUUCGGAUGGCAAGUUUUUUUGAGU